AUGUGUCUCCUAUUGGGGGCCACGGGGGUGGGGAAGACGAUGUUGGUGAAACGCCUGCAGACUAUCCUUCCGCGCUGGCUGUGCUCCCGGGAUGGGAAAGGCGACCUGGGCGAUCCGCCCCUGACGCGGCCCACGGUGGGUACCAACUUAACGGACAUUGUGGCUCAAAAAAAGAUCACCAUCCGGGAGCUGGGGGGCUGCAUGGGCCCCAUCUGGUCCAGUUACUAUGGAAACUGUCAUUCUCUCCUGUUCAUGGUGGAUGCCUCUAACCCCACCCAGCUCUCGGCAUCGUGUGUGCAGCUCCUGGGUCUCCUAUCGGCAGAAGAACUUGCAGAAGCAUCAGUUCUGAUUCUCUUCAAUAAAAUUGACCUGCCCUGUUACAUGACCAUAGAGGAGAUGAAGUCGUUAAUCAGGCUCCCGGACCUCAUUGCUUGCGCCAAGCAGAGCAUCACCACCGUAGAAGUUAGUGCCCGGAAAGGCACUGGUUUGUCAGAUGUGCUGCGCUGGCUCCAGGACACCCACAGAACCAAUGGUUGA